AUGAUGCUUCUUCUCAAUACCUCGAAGGUUGAAGUCUCCUCAUUUCUGUUGAUUGGGAUCCCAGGUCUUGAAUAUAUGCACAUUUGGAUCUCCAUCCCUCUCUGCCUCAUCUAUGUAAUGGCCAUUCUGGGUAACUGCACCAUCCUCUGUGUCAUCAGCACAGAGCCUUCCCUGAAGGAGCCCAUGUACUAUUUCCUUUCCAUGCUAGCUCUCUCUGACCUGGGUUUGUCUUUCUCCUCCAUUCCUACUAUGCUAAGAAUCUUCUUAUUCAAUUCAACUGAGAUUUCUGGGGAUGCAUGCAUUGCCCAGGAAUUCUUCAUCCAUGGGUUCACAGAUAUGGAGUCUUCGGUUCUUCUGAUUAUGUCCUUCGAUCGAUUUGUCGCCAUUCGUUACCCUCUGAGAUACAGCUCCAUUCUCACCAGCUCUAGAGUUGGGCAUAUUGGACUGGUAUUUGCUGUUAAAAGCAUUCUCUUAGUGCUUCCCCUUCCUUUUACUUUAAAGAGACUCAGAUACUGUCAUAAGCAACUAUUAUCUCAUUCCUACUGCCUCCACCAGGAUGUUAUGAAGCUGGCUUGCUCUGACAACAGGGUUAACUUUUACUAUGGGCUGUUUGUCGCACUCUGUAUGAUGUCAGAUAGUGUGUUCAUUGUGGUCUCCUAUGUGUUCAUCCUAAAGACUGUGUUAGGUAUUGCAUCCCAUGGGGAGCAACUCAAAGCUCUUAACACCUGCGUCUCGCACAUCUGUGCUGUGCUCAUCUUCUAUGUGCCCAUCAUCACCCUGGCUGUCAUGCAUCGCUUUGCUAAGCAUAAAUAUCCUUUAGCUAUGAUUCUUAUAGCAGAUGCUUUCUUGUUGGUACCACCCUUGAUGAAUCCGAUUGUAUACUGUGUAAAAACUCGGCAGAUUAGAGAGAAAGUCUUGGAAAAACUGGGCCUGAAGAGACAAAGGUAA